UUGUGUAUUUCAACGGCCAUGGCUUCGGUUAGGAGCUUCGACAAAUGGACCGUUGAUCAUCGUCAUCUUCUUCAACCCUCUGCAAAACCCACCGCAAACCAAGCACAGUGUCCAAAGCAGGUUGUUUUUCCAAUACCCAUUUCGAGAAGGUCCGCAAUUCUGAUUUCUUCUCUGCCUUUCAGCCUCAUUUCGCACUCUCCACCAUCAGAGGCCAGAGAGCGACGCAAAAAGAAGGCCAUCCCUCUUGAAGACUACCUCACUAGCCCUGAUGGCUUAAAAUACUAUGACGUGGUUGAGGGAAAGGGUCCAGUAGCUGAAAAAGGAUCAACAGUUCAGGUGCACUUUGACUGUAUGUACCGUGGGAUUACGGCUGUGUCAAGUCGAGAAUCUAAACUCUUAGCCGGAAAUCGUAGUAUCUCCCAGCCAUACGAGUUCAAAGUUGGAGCUCCUCCAGGCAAAGAAAGGAAGCGUGAAUUUGUAGACAACCCAAAUGGUUUGUUUUCUGCACAGGCAGCACCAAAACCGCCGGCGGCUAUGUACUCAAUAACCGAAGGGAUGAAAGUAGGGGGAAAGCGAACUGUGCUUGUUCCUCCAGAGGCUGGAUAUGGCCAAAAGGGAAUGAACGAGAUCCCACCUGGAUCUACAUUUGAACUAAAUAUUGAGCUUUUGCAAGUAGUACUCCCUGCUUGAAAGUAAGCUUGUUCUGCGCCAUGAGAAGCUCAUGGUGAUUGAAUCUCUCCCUUUGUUGGUUUUGAUUGGAACGACUGCAAUCUUGUUCCAAAUGGCAAUAGUUUCAGCUAAUGAUUCUUUUGUAUGAAGAACAGAAGAAGCAUAAGUUUCACCUAGGGUCCAGCUUGUUUAGGUAUCUACAUUGUCUGUGUACAAUUGGGACAACCAUUUUAGCUGUUCCUGCACGCAUAGUCGCAUACGGUUUUGAUUGAGAUUGUAUAAAAUUAUUAACAUUAAUUCCUACAAGAUUAUGAAUUUCUUUUUCAUAUGUUUUACUGUGCUUGUUAACACGUAACAUCAUAGAAUGUCAUGAAAUGCCUUGCAAAUACAUACAAAAGAUAUACGUGUAUAAAGAACCACGCAAAUGGAAGAAUUAAUAUAUAUGUA